GCCACACUGCCUUCUGUGGGACCUCCUUUGUGAACAGCUUCCCUUUGAAAGACUUUUAUGAGCACAUUGUUCCAAUCAAGUCCCUAAAGAACACUGUCUUCUGAUCUGCUGGAGUCUUAAGGAAGCUUCUAGAGAAUGUGCUCCACAAAAAUGAGGCUGUAAACCAAGAAAGAAAGAGGAAACCAUGGGAUCCAGGAAACGGGGGACCCAACACAGGCGAGAGGCACAGGGAUUUCGCAAGAUGGUGUUAAAAAGAAGCCCCAGGACAACAGACUCAGAUGAUCUCCGUGGGGACCCUGCACUCAGCCUCCAAAGUGCUCCUGCCUCCCAGGAUGCUCGUAAUUCAACAGUAGAUGCUGGUGGCCUGGAGAGCAUCACCCAGUGUCCCCAGCAGCUUCCUCAGAUGAUGGCUGCAGCCGCGGAUGGUUUGGGGAGCAUAGCGAUAGACACAACUCAGCUCAACAUGUCCGUGACGGAUCCCUCAGCCUGGGCCACCGCCAUGAAUAAUUUGGGCAUGGUUCCCGUGGGGUUGCCUGGACAGCAGCUUGUGUCUGACUCAAUCUGUGUGCCAGGCUUUGAUCCAGGCCUCAACAUGAUGACUGGGAUCACCCCCAUCAACCCAAUGAUGCCAGGCCUGGGGCUGGUGCCACCCCCACCGCCCACAGAAGUGGCUGUCAUCAAAGAGAUCAUCCACUGCAAAAGUUGUACUCUUUUCCCGCAAAACCCAAAUCUCCCACCGCCUUCCACGAGAGAACGGCCUCCCGGGUGUAAGACUGUGUUCGUCGGAGGAUUACCAGAAAACGCUACUGAGGAGAUCAUUCAAGAAGUCUUUGAGCAGUGCGGUGACAUCACAGCGAUUCGGAAAAGCAAGAAGAAUUUCUGCCACAUUCGCUUUGCAGAGGAGUUCAUGGUUGAUAAAGCCAUUUACCUUUCUGGUUACCGCAUGCGACUAGGGUCUAGCACCGACAAAAAAGAUUCGGGCCGCCUGCACGUGGACUUCGCCCAGGCCAGGGACGACUUCUACGAGUGGGAAUGCAAGCAGAGGAUGCGCGCGCGCGAGGAGCGGCACCGGCGCAAGCUGGAGGAGGACCGGCUGCGGCCGCCCUCGCCGCCGGCCAUCAUGCACUACUCGGAGCACGAGGCCACCCUGCUGGCCGAGAAGCUGAAAGACGAUAGCAAGUUUUCAGAGGCUAUCACAGUGCUGCUUUCCUGGAUCGAGCGGGGCGAAGUGAACCGCCGCUCCGCCAACCAGUUCUAUUCCAUGGUGCAGUCGGCCAACAGCCACGUCCGCCGGCUGAUGAACGAGAAGGCCACCCAUGAGCAAGAGAUGGAGGAAGCCAAGGAGAACUUUAAAAAUGCCUUAACUGGAAUUCUCACCCAAUUUGAGCAGAUUGUGGCCGUUUUCAACGCUUCUACCAGACAAAAAGCUUGGGACCAUUUCUCGAAAGCCCAGCGCAAGAACAUAGACAUUUGGCGAAAACAUUCUGAGGAGCUCCGGAACGCUCAGAGUGAGCAACUCAUGGGCAUCCGCCGCGAAGAAGAAAUGGAAAUGUCUGAUGAUGAGAACUGCGACAGCCCUACCAAAAAAAUGAGAGUGGACGAAUCAGCCCUGGCUGCUCAGGCCUACGCUCUCAAGGAGGAGAACGACAGCCUCCGCUGGCAGCUGGAUGCCUACAGGAACGAGGUGGAGCUGCUGAAACAGGAAAAGGAGCAGCUCUUCCGAACAGAAGACAACCUCACCAAGGACCAGCAGCUGCGGUUCCUGCAGCAGACCAUGCAGGGCAUGCAGCAGCAAUUGCUGACCAUCCAGGAGGAGCUGAACAACAAGAAGUCGGAGCUGGAACAAGCGAAGGAAGAGCAGUCCCACACACAGGCAUUGCUUAAAGUCCUCCAGGAGCAGUUCAAAGGUACCAAGGAAUUGGUCGAGACCAACGGCCACAGCCAUGAGGACGCAAAUGAAGUCAAUGUGUUGACAGUUGCAUUGGUCAACCAAGACAGAGAAAACAACAUUGAGAAAAGAAGUCAAGGCUUAAAGUCAGAGAAAGAAGCUCUACUAAUUGGCAUCAUAUCAACGUUUCUUCAUGUCCACCCUUUCGGAGCCAACAUAGAGUACCUCUGGUCAUACAUGCAGCAGCUGGACUCCAAGAUAUCUGCCAGCGAGAUCGAGAUGCUCCUGAUGAGGCUGCCUCGCAUGUUCAAGCAGGAGUUCACGGGCGUGGGGGCGACGCUGGAGAAAAGGUGGAAGUUGUGUGCCUUUGAAGGGAUUAAAACUACCUAACUGUGAAACACAAGGC